AUGCCCCCUCCCCGAAGCGGUUCUUCCAGAGGUCGUGGCCGUGGUCGCGGUCGCGGUGGCCGUGGCCGCGGUGGCUUCCGGCGAAACUUUGACUCGUCGCGAUUGCACGAUGUGGACUCGGACGAGUCCUCUGGUGAAGAUGCUCCUGUUGAAGAGGUCGAGGAGGAUACUGUCAUGGAUGACGAUGUGUCUUCGAGCAGCGACGAAGAAGAGCAGACGGGACGCCCAUACAAUGAAUUGCUGCAGCUGCUGCAAGCAGACUCCGACAAAGGACCCGAUCGCAAGAGGAGAAAGAUUGCCAAUGAUGCCAAGGUGGCUGUAGAGGAGGAGGAAGAAGAAGAAGAAGAAGAAAAAGAAAGUGACGAUGACGCUCUUCAAGAUCAGGCUCCGUCCGACGACGAAGAGGAGGAUGUCGACGAGGACGAGGAUGCUGUCGGUCCAUUUGAAAAGCAUUUCAACCUGCCCGAUGGGUCUGAUAUUCCCAAGAAGAUUGAGCAGAUCCAGGCCAACAAAUGGGCGAGUGCAAAGAAAGAAGUCGAUGGAUUGCGUCUGGUGCACUCGGUCCCGGACAUGGGAGAGGCUGCUUCGUUACUGCUGGCGAUGAAGAGCACAGCCAACCUAAAGCUCAAAAACAAACUCAAGCCCCGUGUCGCCGAUCUUCUACCCACCAUCCGCGGUCCCGCCCAACACCUUGCCCCGUAUGUCUUCGACUACCAGGAUCUCCUCUUCGGCUCGCGGACGACCGACACCGCGCAGACGAUGCGCGACAUUGCGGCUCUACACACUGUCAAUCACCUGAUCAAGACCCGCGAUCAAGUCCUCAAGAACAAUGCUCGUCUCGCCAAGGACCCCGACACCGACAUCGAGUGCCGUGACCAGGGCUUCACCCGGCCCAAGGUCCUCUAUAUCCUUCCAACCCGUCAAGCCUGUGUGCGCGUUGUCGAUGCCAUCACCCGAUUCUACCAGGCCGAGCAACACGAAAAUAAGAAGCGGUUCCUCGAUACUUUUUCAUCGCCUGACGACGAGAGCUGGGAGAACAAGACCGAGGACUUCCGCGAGCUCUUCGGCGGCAACGACGACGACAUGUUCCGAAUGGGACUGAAAUUCACCCGCAAGACCGUCAAGUACUUUUCGCAAUUCUACAACUCGGAUGUUAUCCUCGCCUCCCCCUGGCGCGACCACGACUUCCUCUCCUCAAUCGAGGUCGUCGUCGUCGACCACGCCGACGCUCUGCUGAUGCAAAACUGGGACCACAUCACCUUCAUCUUCCAGCACCUGAACCAACAACCAAAGGAAGCCCACGGUUGCGACUUCAGCCGCGUCCGCAACUGGUAUCUGGAUAACCAAGCUCGGCACAUCCGCCAGACAAUCGUGCUCGCCUCCUUCAUCACGCCCGAGAUCAACUCGCUCUUCUCUCAACACAUGCAAAACACCUCUGGUCGGACCAAAAUCACCCCCACGCACGCCGGCGCCAUCACCGAGCUCCCGCUCCCGGUCUCCGUCAAACAAACCUUCUCCCGCAUCGACAGCCUCUCCCCACAAAAGGACCCUGACGCCCGCUUCAAGCACUUCACCACGACCAUCCUGUCCAGUCUGGUCAAAAACAUCACGGGCCGCGGCAAAGGCGGCGCGGGAACCCUGAUCUUCAUCCCGUCGUACCUGGACUUCGUCCGCGUGCGCAACCACUUCGCCACCUCGGCGCAAACGACGAACGUCUCCUUCGGCGCGAUCUCCGAGUACACCGAGCCGCGCGAUGUGUCACGCGCCCGCAGCCACUUCAUGACGGGCCGACAUUCGGUGCUGCUGUACACGGAGCGGGCGCACCAUUUCCGCCGCACGCAGAUCCGCGGCGUGCGCCGCGUCGUCAUGUAUGGAUUGCCCGAAAACCCGGUCUUUUAUCAGGAGAUUGUGGGAUUCCUGGGUCUAGAUCCUGCGGCUAUUGUUGAGGCGGCGGAGGGAGGUGUGCGCGCGCUGUUUAGUAAAUGGGAUGCGUUGAAGUUGGAGCGUGUUGUUGGUUCGCAAAGGGUAGGGAAUAUGUUGAGGGAGAAGGGGGGUGAUACGUUCACGUUUGUAUAG